AUGCCCGGCCUGUUUGCAAAGCAUUCAACCGAGAUGUCAACAUUUUCCUUGCCAGUAUCUGGCAGCAGUACCGUGGGCGUUGCUCUCCUAUAUCACUCGCCGCUGGGCAAGGGUCCACUCAUACAUGCACCGAGUUUAUCGCGACUCCGCGAGUUCGUGGGCUUCAGGCGACCAUAUCGGGAGCCGCGGGGCGAGGGCGACAGCAGCAGCAGCAGCACCUACAGCAAGAGGCGGGCGGUUAUCGCUACCAUGGCACCUGCCCAUCCAGUAUCUGCCCCAACGAAGCAACUGAAUGGAAAGGAAGAGGAACAAGAUUCAACGGCACCGGAUCACUCGGUGGCGGGCGUGAGCUUUGACGUCUUGGGUUGUCUUGGCAAUGCGAAACCGAGGGUUGACGCGUUCGCGGUCAUGGAGACGGAUCCUGUUGUUGCCAAACAGCCGGGAGGUGAUGUCAGUUUGGAAAAUCGGAUGAGAUGGCAUUUAGCGACCCAGGCGUGCCGACGGCUUGGCGUUGCCGCUCCAAAUCGAAUCGCCGACCGGCUUGAAUCCUCAAAGAGGACGCGGUUCACGGUUGUCAGGCGCGGUCCUAGGCGCUCGAGAUCGCCAGGGCUACCUUACAAAUUCAACAAAAAGUUUCAGAAAAAGGCAGCCUCUUUACCCCGCCAUUUGAUCCACAUCUCCCCAACAGUUGGAAAGAGCUUGCAUUUCAUGCACUGUAACUCUGCGCGCCUCACUAAAACUACCUCUACGGACACUACACACACGCGUCUGGGGCUGUGGCAGGCAAACAAGAUGUCGCAAGGCGGAAGGUCUCGUGCCUGGGGCUUUGCCCGCGCAGAAGGCAAGUGGAAGGUGAACCCCCGCUACGACUUUUUCAUUUUUUCAUUUUUCUUUCAUUGCGACUGUCGCCUCCCCCACGACGUCGGCAAUGGUUUGUCGUCAAGAAAGUUCGACAAGCACGUGAAAGGAACAUGGAUCCAAGAGCAAAAGUGCUGUCAAACGCCCACGCCCACGCUGCCCACGCCUUUGAUCGCCAGUUUUCUCCAGAACAACGUCCACUUCCCCCGCAUUCCUUCCGUGGCCGUGCUCCUCCCGUUCCCGCGUGGGUAUCACAAGGAUAUUAAGCCGUGA